GCCCCUCUGCUUGGCUCGGGAUGUUUGAAGACUAGUGUAGACCUUCAAGCCCUGCCUGUUCCCCCUUUCACCCAGAACUUCGUGAACCUGCGUCACGGCUGUUCCUUCUCUAUACUUUUCGUCCCUCUCACCAACCAGGGUCUUGUCUUUUCCCUUGCUUUCUUUGCCCCUCAUUUUCCUCUGUGCCCUUGCCAAUCAGCCAAAGCUCAACAUCGCGCCCCGAUUUGCGCCGCAACGAUCUUUCUUCGUUCAACGUAUACUGACCCUACAAUAGUGAUACCUCCAUAGAAUUUCCCCAUAAACCCAACAAGCAUCGCCAACAUGUCCUUCUUCAACUUCGACCAAUCUCGCCAUAAUACCGCCGCUCCCGGCUUCUCCCAGGCUCACGAUCCCUUUGCCAGCCUAGCCAACCGGGACGAGGAAGCCGAAGAGAUCGAUUUCGAGGAUACUUAUGACGGCUUGGGUGACCAGCUGGAUGAGACCGACGAUGCCUUCAAUGAUGAUACUUUUGGUGGCGAUACUGGCGAGCCGGGUCCUGUAGGCAAAGACUUUGACUUCUUUGGCCAGACCGCCAAGGUCGCGAACGUCAUUGAAGAGGAAAAUGUUCGUUUCAACCGCCAACAACCAGCUGCCAAGGCUCCCCAGCCUGUCGCGCAGCCAUCGGCCUAUACGUCCAUCGCCGGACCCUCGUACAACUAUUUCGCGCAGGCUCCAGGUAGACCUGCCAGGACCGGCUAUGAAAAAUACCACGAGCAGCCGAUUGAGGAUCUUCAGGUUGACGCUGCUCUCUGGGGUGUCGCACCCAAGAAGCAACCGCCGCCGCCUGCUCAACCUGCCGUUCCUAGCGCGCCGUCUGGGGGCCGCAAGAUGCUGAGUCUCGAGGAGGUUGAGGCUCAGAUGCGCGCCCAGGCUAAGGCGGCCACCCCAUCUCCCGCUCCUCAGCAUCAGCCCCAUCAAAUUCCACAUGAACAGGCUUACCUCUACCAGCACCAAGCUCAGAACCAGCCGCAGGCCCACUUCCAAGCCGGUGUCGUUGAACCUCUGUACCAUCAACCGCAAGGACAUCCCAUGACAAUUCUCCAGCGGCCUCACUCGAAACCUCCUACGCCAGCUCAACCCUCUUCCCAACCGCCCGCUAUCCAACAGCAUCAGCAACCCGCUGUUCCUCAGCAGCCUACUCAGAUCCUGCAGAACCCCAACCGUCUUUCAGGCGACGCGGCUAAGAUCGGGCUGCCUGUUCACCCUACGCCUCCGUCCGGUCCUCAGUCCGCUCACCAGGGCCACAGGCAACAAGGCUCUCUUCCGCGACAGCCCCCUAUGAUUCUUCAUCCUGCCCAGCUGGCUCAGCUCUCGGAGGAGGAAAAGGCUGCGUAUCUUGAACAGGAAGCUAAGCGCGCCAAGCGCAACCACAAGAUCUUCCAAAUGUCUCGCGACAAUGGUAUCAUGACGCCACAGGACAAGAACUUCAUCACCCGGAUCCAGCUUCAGCAGCUUGUUGCAGCCACUGGAAAUCCCAAUGAACACGGCACAGACGAGUCACUCGCCGAGGACUUUUACUAUCAAGUUCAUAGUCAGAUCCAGGCUGGCCAUCGUCAGCACCCCAGCCAGCCUCUGAACCAGUUCGCUCAGACCUAUCUGUUUCAGACAGGAAGCCGCCAAGGAGGUAUGCGCCGCCAUAACAGGGGUCCUGAAAACCAUAUGCAGAGGAUGGAACAACAGGUCCAGCGUGCUGUUGAGGCGGCCAAGAACAAGCCCAAGAAUAAGCAGCUUGUUAUUGAAGGUAGCUUGGGCAAGAUAUCCUUCAGCAACGCCAAGACCCCGAAGCCGCUUCUCAACAUCAAGCGUAACGACAGCGCCAACGAUGUGAAGAAGGCACCGCAUCCUGUUAAUGGCCGGGACAAGAAGGACGAACUGAGGGCCCUCGAGCUGGUAUACACUACACUUAUGAAGAUGGAAGACCACGAACGCAACAUGCCUAUGGCGCCUGCCGAGGACGAUCAAGAAGCGCUUGCCAAGGUCUUUGCAUGGAGUAACGAGGGACAAGCAUUGAAUGAGCAGCUUUGGAAGGCUCUGAGGGUGCAGGAUCACGACCAGCCAGGCCGUAUCCACCCCUUCAUGGCCCUUCUUAGUUACAGCAAGGGCAAGAAAGCCAUACCGCGCAUCUUCCGUCACACGAACCACGAGCAAAGGAUUACCAUUUUCACGCGCAUUGUCGUGAAUCUCGACCAACUCGACGUUGUCCGAGAAGCUCAGGUUACAACUGAUGACAUCCAGUUCAACGCCGCUAUGCGUGAGAACAUCGAGCUGUUCUCGGCUGCUAUAGUAACCACGUUGUUUACGUUUAUGAACGAACUCGGCCUUGAUCUUGUUGCCGCCAUCCUUGGUCUUGUGUGCACGCGCAACGUGGACGUCAUCGCCAAGAGCAGAAUUGGCGCGUCGAUGCUUACCAUGAUUCUCAGUCGGGCGGAGCUUAUCAAGCAUAAUGGCGGAGGCAGUGAACAGGAUUGGCGUUCUUGGGACAUGACCUACACUCAGUUCUUCAACAUCCUCGAGCCCACUCUUCCGUACAUUUUCCCUGGUAGCAUUGCCACCGAUCAGGAUACCUACGUCUGGCAGCUUCUCGCCGCUAUCGGUAUUGGUGCCAGCCCUGACCAGCAGCAAAGACUUGUCAUUGCUGUCAAGGAUCGUGUCAUGGACACCGUCAGCCUCGCCAAGACCUUGCCUCCAGCACUCGCAGCCGACCGUCUGCAGAACGUCAACCUCUUCAUGCGGUCGAUCGGCCUCGACGUUGAGCUGCUCCAGUAAGCAACUCGGCAAUAACCCUACACACAUUGACUUUGAAAGUCCGUUGCAAAAACUAUCUGGGCGGGUGGUUUAAGCAACGACGAUCAUUAUUAUCAUUAUCGAAAAAACGGAAAAGUUGCGUAGAUUGCAUCGCAUUUGGUCAGCGAUUGUUCUUGAAGAGUCCCUCGCAUAUAUCGAGAGACUCGCUCAUACUUUUGAGGCGGAUCAAAAAAGCAGCUUGGUGGAGGAACAGGAACCAUGUGUAUGGGCCAUUUCACAAGGAAUUGUUUACCUUAAUAAACAUUUUGGCUUACCUACUACUGGAAGGUAAACUCCUUGGGCGGGAAGCAGGAGGAGUUUCUUCUUACCUACAUUGCAUCGCUGGGGAAAAGAAAAGAACUUGGCGGUUGGUUUCUAUAUAACUCGGCAUUGCUGUAUGGAUGGAUGGAUGGAUGGAUGG